AUGAGCCUCUCCCACCGCCGCCCCCACCUGCCGCCCGCCGCGCCGCCGGCGGGGGACCCCUACUACCACCUGUACGCGCCGCAGCCGCUCCAGCACCCGGACCCGCGGCAGGGCGUCGUCACGCUCUUCGUCGCCGGCCUCCCCGACGACGUCAAGCCCCGCGAGAUCCACAACCUCUUCUCCCGCCGCCCCGGCUUCGACCACUGCCUCCUCGAGUACACCGGCCGCGGCAACCAGGCUGUUGCCUUUGUGUCAUUCUUCACCCAUCACGCGGCCCUGGCAGCAAUGGCUUCGUUAAAUGGGUCUGUUUUUGAUCCUGAUAACGGUGAUUGCUUGCACAUUGAGCUAGCUAAGUCGAAUUCACGCAAACGCCAUGGAGGUGGUGGUGAGGUCUACAGAGUAAUUGACAAGCGAGUUCGAACAGAGGAAAAUUCUGACAAUGAUAACAACCGUGAUGAAGGUGAUGAUGAUGUAUCAGGCAAUGAUGAUGGACAGGGUGGAUCUGAUGGACAAUCGGAUGAAGAAAAUGAUAAUUCCAGCGACAAGAACGAGUUACCCACGGACCAAAGUGGUGAACCAGGGAUCAAGCAGCAGAAGGGGCGUUCUUCUUCAAAUGAUCAGCCAGACAAAAUUCCACCUUGCUCUACUUUAUUUCUUUCAAAUUUGGGACAAGCAUGUACAGAGAAGGAGCUAGAGGAACUUUUGUCUAAGCAACCUGGAUUUCAUGUGCUUAAAAUGCGUCGCCGCGGUGGACUGCCUGCAGCAUUUGCUGAUUUUACGGAUAUCGAAUCAUCCACAGCUGCUAUGGAGAACCUCAAAGGUACCAUCCUGUCUUCUUCCGACAGCGAUGGCUUGCAAAUUGAGUACGCCAGGUCAAAGAUGAGGAAGAGCUAG